UGGGAGCGGGCGAGGGCGGGCGGGACGGACGGAGGGACAGACGGACGGAGGCAGCCCGCGGAGAGGCACCGGCCCUCCCCGCUCGCCCCGUUUCCCCCCUCCAUGGAGCUGUGCCCGGGGCCCGCGGCGCCCUCGGGCUGGGCGCUGCCGCUGCUCCUCGCCCUGGGCGCCGGGCUCAGCCACGCCACCCCGCACCUGCGGUACACUCGACCGGGCUCCCGCAGCAAGAACUGGUGCGCCUACAUAGUGAACAAGAACGUGAGCUGCUCGGUGCUGGACGGGACGGAGAGCUACGUUCAGGCCCAGUACAGAUGCGCCUGGAACCAGUUCCCCUGCCAGCCCACCCCGGUAUACCGAAUGAGUUUCAGACCUCGGUACACAGUUGCGUAUAAGACAGUAACAGAACUGGAAUGGAGAUGUUGUCCUGGGUACAAAGGGGAAGACUGCAGAGAAGGCCCAGCAGAAAAGCCAAGCACUGCUCGUCGUCCCACAACACCAGCAAAAGCUGUUGUCAAGAAAGGCUUGGAUGCAGAACCAACAGAAGUGCCGGAACCUCCACCAUAUGAGAAGAGAAUGCAGUUUUUUGAGGACGAAUUAUUUAGACUUACACGGUCAGUGCUUGAACUUCAGUCCUCCGUGGCAGGUGUGAAUGAAAACCUAAAGCUGACUGUCCAAGAAGAUGCUAGUAAGAUGUUGGUCACUUGGCUGAACAACCUUUAUGACCGCCCAGAGCCUGAUAGUGCGGUUGGUGGUGAAACAGACACUAUUCAUCUGCCUGGACUCCUCAGCAAUAAAGAUCAAAAAGACCCCUUUAUUGAUUUUGAAAUGGAGGAUAUAAAGUCUGAGCUAGCUGAGGUCAAAGAAGCUUUGAAGAUGAGGAAUGACAAGCUGGAGGAACUGAAUGGAAAAGUAAAAGGCUAUGAAGGACAAUUAAAACAACUGCAGGAGGCUGCACAAGGACCUAUAAUAACAAUGCCCAGUGACAAUAUAUAUCGGGAUUAUAUAGACUCAAAAUUUGAGUCCCUCAGACAGGAAGUACUGGAAGGCUUUGAAAAGAAAAUGGCAGAUCUGAAGAACUCCUGUGAAUACAAACUACAGGAUAUCCAACAGCAGUGUGAUGACAAUGAAAACAACUGUUUAGGAAUAAUUGAUGUUAUAAGAGGAAAAGAGAAUGACUUGAGGAAAGAAAUAAAUACUCUCCGAACUCAGAUUCCAUCAAACAAAUCCAGUUGUUGCAAGGAGGGUGAGAGAAAUGACUUUGACCAACAGAUAAAAGAUUUAGAUAGGAAGAUUGACAGAGUUGUGGAAGCACACAGGAUCUUGAACGUCAGAAUAGAUAAUGAAAUCAGUCGAUUGUCAACUCCAGAUCUAGAAGACAUGUUUGGUGAGAGGUUGGAGGAGCUAGAUGCGAGGAUGAAUGUUACAGAACGAAAUGCUGAAGAGCAUUGCUUUUACGUUGAGGAAACUCUCCGCAAUGCUAUAGCUACUGAGGUAGAUGAAUUGAGAGACUUGUUUGAUCAAAAGCUGCGGGCACUAGAAGAUAGGCUAGGUGGCACUAUUUUAGAGAUAGCUAACACCACAGACCCGGAUGGGAUGUUUAUUAAUCCUGGGCCCAUCUUGCCCAGUGAUGGAGGAUUUGCAAAUGAGCAAUUUACAGCAGAGAUUAAUUUCCUGAAGAACAAACUACUGUCGCUUGAACACCUCUGUGGGCAGAAAUGUCAGCCUGCACCACAAGGUAUGGAGAACCUUCAGAAAGAGCUAGAAAAUUGUAACAACAAAUUCAAUCACUUGCUUGUGAAAACAGAGGACAACUCUCUUCUCCUGCAGUCUCUGAAUAGCUCUUUUAAUGAGAAACUCAACUUAAUUAAGGGUAACCAACGUGACAUCCAGAAAAUGCAGAGAGAUGUACGUGUAUUCCGGUAUAGUCUAAAUGUCAUGGAUAAAGAUAUGAAGAAUCUUCAAGACGGCUUGAGUAGCUGCAAGGAGCAGCUUCUGGGUGUCAAUUCUACCUGUAGAAAAACACAAAGAGGUGUCUUCCGAAAAAUCGAUCAAAUGCAGAGGACAUUUGCGAAUCAGACUGCUCAUCCCAGCGAUAAUUGCUGUGGUGAAGUGAAAGAGAGACUAGAACAACUGAAUGACCGUAUCCUGAAUGAUCUUAGCAAGUGCAAAGAAAAGACCCAAGGUAUCCAGGAGGGCGUUUCGGAUGUCGAGAGCAGAGUCUCACAUGUUGAAAAAGUUUGCGUAAAGCUGGACUCUGUUUCAGGUAGCUUGCAGAAGAUCAAAGAAGGUCUGAAUAAGCAUGUGAGCAGCUUAUGGAACUGCAUCCGUGAAAUGAAUGGAACUAUAGCAUCUCAUUCCACUGAUAUUUCUGGCCUCAAAAAUUCUGUCCAACAGUUUUAUAGUCGGGUCUCCAAAAUCACCACGGACAUUGAAGGCGUGCUGAAAUCUCAGUCUGACACAAGGCGAUCAGAAGUACCACGGCAGCCGUUGCCACCGAGACCACCCCUGCAGCCCCAACCUGGCAUACCCCUGCUGCCAUCACGGCCGAGGAUACAACCCCCGCGACAGAGGACCCCCGUCCAGCCACCACAGCUGAGACCUCCUCCACACCCAGCACUGCCGGGGUCAGGAGUUGUGCCUUUUCAGCCUGGAACAACCGGGAUCAUCUUGGAGACUGGAGAGGCGGGGCCUCCUGGCACUGUUUUAAUGUCAGGAAGAGGGCGGCUUAGAAGUGUGGAUGGUCAGGCUGGUCAAAGUACCAUGCCCAUUGCUGAAGGGUAUGCUGGAGCACCAGGAUAUCCAAAGUUAUCUCCUCCUACCACAGACUCGCAAGGACCUGCUGCUGCUGCGGCCUCUCUGGUAUCGUUUUCUGCUGGGCUCACGCAGAAGCCUUUCUCCAGUGAUGUUGGCGUGGUUCACUUUAACAAAGUGCUUGUGAACGACGGGGACUAUUAUAACCCCAAUACAGGCAUUUUCACAUCACCAUAUGAAGGGCGCUACCUGAUCACUGCUGUGCUGGCCCCGGAGAGGGACGAGUACGUAGAAGCAGUGCUGUCCGUCUCCAACGCAAGCGUGGCUCAGCUCCACACAGCUGGGUACAGAAGGGAACUACUGGAGUAUCACAAACCCUACUCAGGGAAACAGACUUGUGGUGGUCCUGGGACAUUCCACCUUGUUCUUCACCUCAAAGCAGGAGAUGAAGUAAACGUCGUCGUAACAGGAGGCAAACUGGCCUACACAGACUCUGACGAAAUGUACUCCACGUUUAGCGGAGUUCUCCUUUAUCCUUCCAUUUCUCAUGUUUAGGUUUACCUUGAACAGGAGAGAAGGGUGAGAUAUUCAGAAGAAAUUAAGUGUAAUAAAAUUCAAAGCUUUAAUAUAUUCAGUUUAUAUAUUUGAUUUCAGUGAUGGGUUUAUAGUCUAUACUGAGACCUUUUCCAUGUCCCGUUUCCAGAGGUAGCUACAAAAGGGAUGUUACUGUAGCUAAAUUAAUGCCUUCCCAAGCCCUUGUUUACCCAUACAAGCAGAACAACUGUUAAACAACAAAUAUGUUUGCAGUAGAUACUUUUCCAGUCUCCUCUUGCUAUUCCCUAUUAAAUUGCCUUUGCAGUCUUCUCCCUAGUUUAUCAAAUUGUCCCUAGUGUAUCAAAGUUUACAUCUUCACUGAAGUUUACAGUUGUGGCCAGCUAUUUUUAUGUUUUCAGUCAAGUAGGGGCAAGAAGGUGAGGCUGUAUUGGGCAUUGUUGAUGACGUCUUAGUCCUUGUAUGAUUUAAUAUCAUCUUGGGUCAAGUGCAUUCGCAUAAACAAUUUGUUCAAAGCAAUUGGUAACCACGGUGGUGCAAAGCAAAAUGAUACUGAUCUGCAGCAGUUUUCUUUUUUCCCCCCAUAAGGGCCAAACACAGUGCUAAGAGACAAGAAUUCCAGUCAAGUGGAAGCAGCUGUGCAGGGAGAAACUUACCUCACCUCAGCUUUGCACUGGGCAGACAUGAGAAUAAGGUGCAGUUGCUACUAAAAAAAAGAUUUAGAACAGUUGUUUUCAAUUGAUACAGUAAAAAAAAGACAGUUAAGCAUGAUACUCUUGAGAUUAAAUCUUGGUGUUUGAAAUGAAUAAAACAGGUCAGAAAAAAAUUGGAAUUCUCUGCACUUAGCUAAAAAAAUGAUAAUUUUGAAAAGUUUAAAAAAAUGUACAGAGUUUGUUUCUGGCGCUCCUACAGUAUUUAUUUGCAUUAAAAAGGAAGUUUUCUUCUUUGUUGCAUUGUAAAAGACAAAUCAGAGGAGAAAUUGGUGAUGCAGGAAAAUAGCCUUAUUAGCCAAUACUGUCAAAUGCACAAACCAGCCACUAAGCGCUAAACGCACUAAGUCUUUUGGCAACAGCCUGCUGCACUGGUGCGUUUGAGUGAGGUUUGUUUUAAUAUUCAGCAUCUGUUUAUAUGGAUGGAGCAACUUUCUUAGCUUCAACAGAUAAACACAGUUGGGGCAACACUAUUUUAUUUCUCAUAGUAGCCACUUCUUGGUGGAGGUAACAAAAAAUUAUGUUUUGGCUCUUUCAAGUUAGCAUUUUGACAGACAGGCUGCCCAGGGAGGUGGUGGAGUCUCCACCCCUGGAAGUAUUUAAAAGAAGGGCAGAUGUGGUGCUUGAGGAUAUGGGUUAGUGGUGGACUUGGCAGUGACAGGUUAGCGGUUAGACUCGAUGAUCUUAAGGGUCUUUUUUCCAGCCUUAACGAUUCUAUGAUUCUGUUUUACUGAGAGCAGGACUAUUCAGCUGUCUCCUAUAUAUUCUUAUAUAAGCUGAUCUUUUUAAUAGUCUAUUCAUGCGGCAUAGAGUUGUAUUUAUCCGUAGUGGUUUGUGUAGUAUAUUUUCCUUCUUACAAAUCCAGAACAGCUGUUUAUAGCCUCAGAACAAACAAUUCCUUUAGGUGAAGGAAGAACUCCCCAUGCUGUAAGCAGCACCGUGCAUUUAGCUGAAGCCCUUCCCAUCUGAGGAGGUCAGAUGAAGACUCAUGCCUUUGUUGCUUAGUUUUGGAACAGAUACUCCCAAAUCCCGCUGUUUCCAGGCGAUGAGAUGAGGCAUUCCCACAACAAACUAUCACAUCGUGGAAGUUGAGCUGCUUUUGAGAAAAGCAGGUGGAAAAAAAGCUUUCUCUCCACAGAAGAACUCUGAGUCAGUCCCUGUGCAGCCAGGAUUGCACUGGGGGGAGUCGCGAGCACAGGAAGGAAACUGCGAGUGGAGUUUUAAAGCACCUGCUUUAGGAGGAUCUCUUGGCACCUGAUUUUCAGAAAAGACAGUGUUACCGAUAAGCAGAAGCUAGGACUGGAUGUAUUUUGCAGCAGAAAGGCUGUUUCUGUAAGAGCAGCUGUUAGUCAGUAGCCACAGCUGUACAGUGAACUUGCACUACACAGCUUGAUAAAGGGGCCACCCCCAACUCAUUUCCCUGCACAUUUGUCAUGACCUGAGCUGGAGCGCGAGGCGUUAGCGUGCAGUUCGCAGCCGCGUGCUUGUUCAAGGGGAGCUUAGUUUUAUUUUGUCCUAAAUUAACAGCCCCUUGCUGUCCCAUGCCUUUCUAGGUCUCAAAAUUGAAGGGACAGACAGGAAAGAUUACUCUUUUUUUAGAUGUAGCUUCUUGUUAUUUAUGUACAAAAGCUGGAGAGGCACUUCUCCUUUUAGGAUAUUUUUCACUCUCCUCAAGAAAGCUGUGUUCUCUAAGAAGUUGGCUCCAGACUGUGUGUGACUCAAGUACUGUUAGAUUAUUGUUGCCUGUUCUAAAAAUGACUCAUGGAAACAAACAAAAUGAGCUGAGUGCACAGGGAGACCCAGCUGGCAAACACCACCUUUGGUUUUGGGGUUUUUUUUUGUUUUUUUUCCUCCUCCCCUCCAAGUCAAGUGAGACAUUUUUAAGAACCAGCAGUGCAGGUUUAGUUGCAAAAGUUAUUGCAUCCAAUUCUUAUCUAGCUGCUCCAGUAGAUCUCUAAAUCCAACCCACAAAUCUUCACAAGCCCAGUUCCACUAAUGGGACAGGGCCAUCUUCUACCAGAAGUUUCUCCUUGUACCCAGGAUCUGCUGCUGCUGACGCUGAGAUAGUUUGAGCCCUCGUAACGCAGCAUAGCUGGUGUUUGUACACAGGUAUAAAGCACUCCCUGAACCAUGUCUCGGCAGGGCCCAGUCUUAGCGGUAUAUUUUGAGGAGACUUUUCAGAGCUUUCAGGGAUAGUUUCCCAUCCACCAUCUCCAGCAGCGCAGUGGCUAAAGCUAUGGCCUUUGACAAGGAACCUCUGUCUCAGAUUCCUGCCUUUGUUGAGGGAGACUUGAACCUUAAUUACCACUUCCUUGGUAAUUGCUGUGACCAGGAUAGGUGGCUCAGUUCCUCCUGAUAAGGUUAUCUUUUCCUGGAGCUUGCAAGGUGGAAUAUUCACCCAGCUGGGAAGACCAAAAUGCCGUAGCCCCUGAAUAGCAAAGGGAUGUGGGAGCCUGAGUUCCAGUCUCUGCUCCAGUGAGUGCACGCAUAAAAAUGUUAAUUAAAGCAGCAGCUGGAACAGAUGCGUUUGUGGGCCUCCUGAGGGUUUGCUCCAUACAGACCAGGCCAGCUUCAACGGGAGCAGCAACAGCCCUGCUCCAGAAUACCCUGAACCUGCUGAUGGAGCAUUUACAUCUUCAGUGAGACUCAGCACGAGAACAAGAGAAUACCAGCAUUGAAAGGAACACUUCACGCUGGGGGUUCAUGAUUUGGCCACCGCAUCCAGGAGCAUUCACCAGCUCAAAUAGGCAGUAUCUGUUAACCUUAAAAAAAAAAAACAAACCAAAACCCUGUAAAGUGGGAGCUCCAAGGCAGGUACGCUGCCUGGUUCAUAGAUCACAGUGCUGCCUUUUAGACCUGUUUUGUAGGUAGCUUUGCAACACAGUGUAUGAGGAGUGCAAGGUUCCCAGGGGCUGUUGUGCCAGGUGCUCCCAUUUCACAUCAAACCAGGAAGAAAACCAAACCGUACUGGGUGAAGCUGUACAGACGCGUGUCUGGCAGCCCCUUAGCCAGGCACAAGGCGAGGUGGUUUCUCAGGGACUGCCCAGAUAUCAAAACCAGCAGCGUCUCCAAGGCAGCAUCGCUUGUGAGACAGGUGACUUCCCAUAGCCAGGCCAUUAGCAGAAGAACAUCUGAAGACACAUGGGUAUGCUGACAGCCAGAGAGGCUCUGUUCUGGCCAAAUGUGGAAGGUGUGUCCUAGAGCAGCUAUGGGGAGAGGCAACAGAGCGACAUAUGUAUCACUUAUAUCCCCAGGAAAGCUCGAAGCAAAGCAGGAAUGCCAAUUUUCACCACAAAAAAAUGUGUGAAAAACUACCUCAUUAUUUUAAUUUGCUCUUAAGACUUCGGAGACAGUGGAGACCAUUUCUGUACUGCUCUCUCAAAGCAGAGAGAGGACGUGGUAUUCCACCACGUAUCCUUUCCACGACCCCAGGUUACUCGCAACAACUUUGUGCGGUUUCACUGAGAGGCCCUAGUCGACUGGCUGAAGCCAACCAGUCAUACAAGAAAAAUUACAAAUAGUCAAGGAAAGAGGGCGCGGGGUAAGCGGGUGGCGUAGGAAGGCAGCCUGAACCAAAACACCCCUCACCACCCAAUGCAGAUUUAAACCGUGCUGGGCAUGUAAGAUAGAGGGCUCCCCAGCUGCAACCAGGAGAUUCAGAUCUGGACUGAACUGUUUCCUGAGGAUACAUUGUGCGUUUGGAAGUGAGUUUUAUCUGCUGAGUAAGUUGGUCCUUAUGUUAUAGCACAGUAGUGGAACUAUUUCACCAAAAACCACAAAUGCAUUUACAGUUUCAGCUUGGAGCCGGGAGCAAUAUGCACUCCACUGAGACUUGAUCAGCAGGUACGCUUUGGCUGCUAGUUGCUCCCGGAUAAUGGCACAGAGUUCAAAUUACCAAGUUACCAGGAAUACCUGGGGGCUGUGUACUGUCAUCACAAGACAGACUUGCACGCGAGCCAGCACCAACCCUCCUGCAACGCACCCUGCAGGCUUGCGACAAGCUGCAGAACAACAGCUCUGCCAAUUCUUUGUACAUGGGAGACUUCAAAGAAUACCUUGUAACAUGUUACUACAUAAACGGGUUUUGGCAUUUAUCCAUUUUGCUAUCUCAAUUGUGAAAAAAGGAACAUUACUAUAAUUUUUCAGCAAAGAACACCGCAUUUCAGCGUACGCUUUAUGUGUGCAUGUGUAUACAUAUAUUCAUGUAUAGCAAGCAAGAGUAAUAUCCAGGAACAUGAAGAAAACUGCGUGAUGGAAAACAACUGCAGAUAUGUCCAAAUAAAGCUUACCUGUUGUGUGACAUCUUGACGCUCUUUCACUUUCCGGUGAACACAGCAGGACUGUAAGCCACAAUUUUUGCUCUCUCUUCCACCACCUUUAAAAUUGCAAUUUCUGGUUUCUCAGUCAAGUUUGAAUGUAUAUUCUAAGUGUUUAUUCAGUGUCAAGCACUUACGUAGGCUUUGUGGUACACAGAAUUUCUGCCAACACAGUUCUUACCCUUCUUAGUUGUCCAUUCAGUGCCCUGAUUUCUAGAGAAUAGAAUAGCUUUCAGUUGGACGGGACCUACAACGAUCUAGCCAACUGCCUGACCACUUCAGGGCUGACCAAAAGUUAAAGCAUGUUGUUAAGGGCAUUGUCCAAAUGCCUCUUAAACACUAACAGGUUUGGGGCCUCGACCACCUCUCUGGCAAGCCUGUUCCAGUGCUUGACCACCCUCAGUAAAGAAAUGCUUCCUAAUGCCCAGUCGACACCUCCCCGGUGCAGCUUUGCACCUUUCUCCUGCGUCCUACCAGUGGGUACUAGGGGCAAGAGAUCAGCACCUCCCUCUCCACAUUUCAUCCUCAGGAAGCUGUAGAGAGCAAUGACGUUGCUCCUCAUACACCUUUUCCCCAAACUAGACAAGCCCAAAGUCCCCAGCCACUUUUCAUAGGAUGGUCCUUCCAGCCCUGCCACCAGCUGUGUUGCCCUCCUCUGGACGCAUUCAAGGACCUUCUUAGAUUGUGGGACCCAGAACUGCACGCAGUAGCCAAGGUGAGGCCACACUGAUGCUAAAUACAGCAGGGUAAUCACCUCUUUUGACCAGCUGGUUGUGCUGUGUUUGAUGCACCCCAGGAUGGGGUUUGCCCUCUUGGCUGCCAGGGCACGCUGCUGACUCACACUGAGCCUGCUGCCGACCAGCGCCCCCAGAUCCCCUUCUGCAGGGCUGCUCUCCAGCCACUCCUCUCCCAACCUAUACUGGUGCCUGGUGCUAUUCUGUCCCAGGGGCAGCAUCUGGCAUUUGGACUUGCUAAAUUUCAUCCCAUUAAUCAUUGCCCAGUGCUCCAAUCUAUCCAGAUCCCUCUGCAAGGCCUCUUGUCCCUCAGGAGAGUCAACAGCACCUCCCAGUUUGGUGUCAGCAGCAAACUUGCUAAUGGUGCAUUCAGCUUCUGCAUCCAGAUCAUUGAUAAAUAUACUGAACAGCACUGGCCCUAGAACUGAGCCCUGAGGAACACCGCUGGUUGGGAGCCAGAUGUAGGUGCUUUUACCACAAGCCUUUGAGCCCUGCCCUUCAGCCAGUUCUUGACUGAACAGUUCAGGCUACGUUGUUUAUUUUCACCAGAACAUGUACACGUGAACUAUCAUAGAAUCAUUAAGGUUGGAAAAGACCUCUAGGAUCAUCAAGUCCAACACUACUAUGUCUCUUAAACCAUGCCCUGAAGUGCUGCGUCUACCCUUCUUUUAAAUACCUUCAGGGAUGGCAACGCCACGACAUCUCUGGGCAGCUUGUUCCAAUGGCUGACCACUCUUUCAGUAAAGACAUUUUUCCUAACAUCCAAUCUAAACCUCCCCUGAUUCAGCUUGAAGCUGUUUCCUCUCAUUGUAUUGCUAGUGACCUGGGAGAAGAGACCAACACCCACCUCACUACCACCUCCUUUCAGGUAGUUGUAGAGAGCAACAAGGUCUCCCCUCAGCCUCCUCCAGGCUAAACCACCCCAGUUCUCUCAGCCACUCGUCAUAAGACUUGCUCUCCAGACCCUUCACCAGCUUCGUUAACCUUCUCUGGACACGCUCCAGCACCUCAAAGUCUUCCUUAUACUGAGGGGCCCAAAACUGAACACAGUAUUCAAGGUGUGGCCUCACCAGUGCCGAGUACAGGGGCACAAUCACCUCCCUGCUCCUGCUGGCCACACUAUUCCUGACACAAGCCAGGAUGCUGUUGGCCUUCUUGGCCACCUGGGCACACUGCUGGCUCAUGUUCAGCCGGCUGUCAACCAGCACCCCCAGGUCCUUCUCUGCGGGGCAGCUCCCCAGCCACUCUUCCCCAAGCCUGUAGCGCUGCCUGGGGUUGUUGUGACCGAAGUGCAGGACCCGGCACUUGGCCUUGUUGAACCUCAUACAAUUGGCCUUGGCCCAUGGAUCCAGCCUGACAAGGUCCCUCUGCAGAGCCUUCCUACCCUUGAGCAGAUCAACACUCCCGCCCAACUUGGUGUCAUCUGCAAACUUACUGACGAUGCACUUGAUCCCCUUUGUCCAGAUCAUUGAUAAAGAUAUUAAACAAGACUGGCCCCAACACUGAGCCCUGGGGAACCCCGCUCGUGACCGGUCACCAACCAGAUUUAGCUCCAUUCACCUCAACCCUCUGGGCUUGGCCAACCAGCCAGUUUUUCCACACAGUGGAGAGUACACCCGUCCAAAUCAUAAGCUGCCAACUCCUCUAGGAUCAGAAGUGGGGAAACGCAAGAUUAGAGAACAGCAAAGUAGGAAUGAGAAGGAAAAGGAGAAGGCAAGGAAAGACUAGACCAAAAGGAAUCACUGGAAGAAAACAUGAGGUGCACCAGCCGUCAGUGCUGGGGUGAGACUGGCAGCCACCCAGUCCUUAAAGCAAAAUUCAGAUUAAUUAGGACUGAAGAUGAAUGUUUAGUCAAAACUCUAUCUAUCUGGCAUACUUCCUUACAAGCAAAGGCUUGUGUAGCGCUCCCAAGGAGGUGGCUUAGCAUCGGCUGUAAUUAUCCCAAUGCAGAGUUAAUUGUGCCCUGUUCAAAGCACCAUACAAAAAGCCAUUAACGCACGCCCUCGCUCUCGUGCACCCCGACAUGUGCUCUCCCGCUGCGCCGCGCUGCCGCCAGGGAUGCUUGGCUGGGAGGCCCUCCUGCCGCACGCCAGCCUGGGGCCCCUGCCAGGCGGGACAUCCUGACGAGCCCUUGCUGCAUCCAACAGCGAAACCUCCAGAAGCUCUGAACCAUCCCCCCUCCUCCCUCCCAUGCAGCGAGCAGGACAUCUGCCCCAAAAACCCUUCCGAGCAGCCAGCUGUGUCACAGCUCAGCUCGCCACUGCUCCGAGAGCCCGGCCAGCAGCUGCACCAAGCGGGAGCGCACACACCUCCGUCCCAACCAAACCGGUGUGAGUGCCGGGGCCUUCAGUGUACAGACUCCACGAUGCCGCUCUAGAAAUGGUGCCCUGCACACACACAAAGCCUACAUUCUUGGAAACUGAUUCUAUGCUUCUGUUCUUUACACAACCAAGACAGAAAAGUCCAUCCACUGCGAAACAGAUUACUCCAUUAGGAGUCCAUUAGAAGAUGGACACGGGGGAAACAACACCAGCUCAGAAGAGUUUUUGCAACAAAUCUGAACGUUUGGCAUCGGUAGGACACGCCACCCUUCUAUCGCUUCCACUGGCACAGUUGCGUGCUGCACACAACAAGCAAGUACCGAGACCUCGGUGUGAAAAACGGGCGGUGAAGAGUGCGGUGUGAAGAGUGAAGCGCCCCAGGUGCGAAGAGAGGGGUGCAGCGUGUGAGCAGAAUCACGGGGCAAACCCAGCAGAAACGGAGCCUGCUGCUGCGGGCGAGGCGACAGAACUCCAACGGUAAGCUCUGCCCCUGGGCACAAGGGGAGCAAACAGUGCCAGUGGCAGCAACGCAAACGACACGCGCUGCAGGAGGGUCAGACAGCACAACGUAGUUUCCACUUUCAUGCAGAUCCAUCGCACUGUCACAGAGUUGGAUUUUCUGAGGUAGGCUGCUAGUGAGUCGCAUUUACCAAAACCAGCAGGAGACCAGGAAGAGUAAGUUUCUACUGAAAGCUUGAGGCUCCCUUUUCAAGACGGUCUCACUGUAAUUGCCCAAAUAAAUUUAACUGUCAUGGAAGACAAUGCUCUUUGCCUUGAACAGAAAAAGUAAACAUUGGUGGAAUUCAGAUAAAACUCCAAAUUAGGGCAGAUUUACAAGAGCUCAAACUACGCGGUUGCAAGAUUUUCUUCAAGGCAGUUUGUGCGUUCCCAAUAUGUGCAUCUGUUACCGGAUAGUCUGUAUGAUUAAUCCAUGUUUGCUUUUCAUUAGAGUUAUAACCCAGUAUUGAUACCAGCACAUAACGUAAGUUUGAUGACAGCAAUUAUUUAUUGGUUGUAUAAAUACUCUGAAAAAAGUAAAUUGAGUGUGAGAGAAAGCAAAUGUAUCCUAGUCCUUAGACGAGCAACUUGAAUUCCAUGUAAAAUAUUAAUACAAUUUAAGCAACCCCACAUUUACUAAAUUGGCAAUACAAGAAUGGAAUUCUCAAGGACAAAGUGAAGAAACAUUUUCCUUUAAGUUUGUUUAUUGUGAUAACAUUGUUCUGAACAUCAAUAAACAUUGCACUGAAGUGUGAGUUACUGUACCCAAGACAGUCUAGUCUUAACAAAAACCACUGUAUUGGUAUGAUCACAGAUUUGACAAUUUUAAACGCGCUACCUUAUUAGUGAUUGGGUUGCUUAACAAUCAAGUAUUCCACAUCUUCAACAUAAAAAUGAAACAAAUGAUUGAAGAGAGUUUUCCCACCCUCAAAAUAAACCAACAUUUUGACUUUCAUCUGGAAGUAAUUAACACUGUAAGAAAAUCCAAAACAAUUCCAUUCUAUUCAGCAGAAUUUAACUUUGGAAAUGAAAACUUCUUCAGGCAAUAGUGACACUUUAAAGGCAUCUCGAAUUCACCAUGUAUUUUUGAUGUUUUGUUCUGGAUUUGCAUUACAGUCACAUAAACAACUCUCAUUCAUAUGACAGCAUUGCCUAGAAGACUUGUAUGAAAUAUUAACAUGAAAUCUCACCUCUUUUGUCUUUACCUUAAGCGGAUUCAGAGUUUGCUUCAGAAGUUACAUAACGGAGUUGACACAAGUGUUAAAACUUUUCCAGUUGAAAAUAAAAGAAGUUUUAGGAGGAGGAGUAUACCGACAACAGGAAGCUAAGGAUACACGAGCCAAGAUUGCACAUGCAACUGUAUACUAUUAGGGAUGACAGCCCAACCUUUGGGUGUACAAACAUGCUUGGUACAGUAAAAAAAAAAAAUUUAAAAA